CACCGCAUCCAUUAUACACCCAGCUUGAGCAUAGAACAAUGCUCGCUCUCACGGGCAUAGAGCGGUCCUAUGCGUCGGCUAUCGGACAGACGAUGCACAACCUGACCGUCCAGGCCGAGGUCGGGUCCGUGAUGGAAGGCAUGCUGGGCGACCUCGAGGCGUGGGAGUGGGCCAACAAGGAAGAGGUGCUCAAGAAGGAGCUGGAGCACGCGAGGGCGCAGGUGCAGGCGCUGAAGGACUCGGAGAGGGCUCUCCUUGAGCGUGAGAAGCUUGCGUCGGCGAGGCUAGAAGAGGAGAGGGCGACCGCGCGCGACGUGCGAGGAAAGUUCGUGGAGGAGCUGUGGGGGCUGGCGCGCGAGUUCCGGAUACGAGAGCAGGAGCAGGCGAAGGCGGACCAGCUCCGGAAGAAGCUCGCCCGCUUGGAAGGGGUCGAGACCGACCUGCGGGAGGCAGAAAGCAAACUCAUCAAGAUGCAAUCUGCACACGAAGCAGCGCGGCGGCACCAGCGCCGGGCAGCCGGGCUCGCCCGAUUCGAUAGGCAGCUUGGGAACUGCAAGGCAGCCCCACGGGUCAGAGGCUUUGCCGGAGGGAGGGGGGGGCGACGAGCAGGCAACGUCGCCGCCACCUCUACCGCCACCGGCGCCGGCCGUGAAGCCUUGUCUGCUUUUGGAUCUCGAGAAGAAGCCUCUGCUGAAGGUGUUCGUCUUUCUCAACGCCGGGGAGGUGCUCCGCGCGGCGCAGGUCUGCCGGCCCAUGUUCCGCAAGGUGGGGUGGACCUAAUGUUCGGCAUCGGCAGUCAGGCGGUGAGUGCCGAGCCGACCCCUCCUGCAGCCCCUCCUGCCCCGUCUGCCGCUGCGGGCAUCAUCACCGGGGGCGGUGCCCCAGCUGGCGCAAGAGAUCGAGCGGGAUCGGCCGCGUCGGCGUCGUCGGCGUCGACCGGGGCACCGGGGAAUCGGCUCGGACAGAGAGCACUGGCCAGUGCUCUCGGGGUGGUGGCUAGCAGGGUGGAGGCCGUCACCGCGGGAGCGAGCAGCGGCUUCGGUUCCUUAGCGGGAGCGGCGGCGACCUUAACCGGGGCCGGCGAUGGCGGCUCUGGGCCGGUUGGCGGCGGCGGCGGCGGUGGCGGGAUGUCGCCGGAGCUAAUGGACGACCUGUCGAAGCGGCUGACGACGGUCGAGAUGAAGGGGAUCAUCCAGCUCACGGAGCGAGGGAGAAGGAUGGAGGCGAGGGCGGGGGCCUUGCAGGCUGAAAAGGAGGACCUCUUCGCCAGGCUGCAGGGCACGGAGAGCGUGAAGGAGUUCCUGGUGGCCAAGCUCAAGGACACGGAGGCCGCCCUUAAGCGCAGCCUCGACGAGAAGGGCCUGACGCUGAGGCAGUCGGCGUCCGACCAAGAGGUCAUCUCCUUCUUGGACUCCAGGACACAGGAAAUGGAAAGGGUGGCGCAGGAGACGAUGGACAAGGCCAUGACCUACCAGACCGAGCUUGAGAACCAGAAGGCUAGCGCCCAGAAGCAGACCAAGGUCCUGGAGGACAUGCUGAGGUUCGAGAAGCAGCGGGGGGAGGCCGGCGAGGCCGCCUUCAAGGCCCAGAAGAAGCUCUUGGUGACCGAGGUGAAGAAGCUGAGGACGACCAACCUGGCGCUCAAGGCCGAGUGCGACGACCUGCGGCAGCAGCUCAAGGACCUCCGCAUCUCGGUGUCGCAGCUCGGCCGAUGACAUGGCGUUGGGGUUGUUGU